UGUUAGUUUUCACGGCCUGAAAUCUGAUUAUUGUUGCUAAUUUUUAAACAUUCCUACACAAUUCUUUUUAAAAUACCGAAGAAAAAUCAUCACAGCUUUUUGAGUAAUUAGCAAAUAUGGCUGAAGAGGUUAGUCAGUCGCCCAUUGUACUGUUCCACUCAAAACUUGACACCACUUACGAAACAGAAUUAUUACAAAGCUUUGUUGGCGUAAAUGUGGAUGAUGAUAAACCUCCAACCAAACAGCCAGAAAUUCCUAAAGAGGUAAAAGUCGAGGAGACACCAGUAGUAGAUGAAAAAGAAAUUAAAGAUGGCGACGACGACCGAAAGAAAUCAGGUGAACAUCCACCUUCCGCACAACAAGUAAAGGAAGAAGUGACGAAGAAAAAGAAAAGAAAAAAGCGUAGUGGUGCUAAACGCGAAGAGCUUUAUUGUGAUAAAGACAGAGCUGCUGCUGUCAAUAUGGGCUCCAAAGACAUCAAACAGUCUUUGAAGCUAAAAAGAAAGCAGGAUCGAUCGAAAGCUUUGCAGAUUCCGGAGGAGGCUGAACCAGGAACUUUUUUGGCGCUGGGGAACUAUGAAAUGGGUAGAGGAGAUCUUCAGAUCGCUAUUAAUUUUAUUACUAAGGCUCUGGAACUAAAUCCGACCGAGAAAAGCGCUCUCGUCGCAAGAAGCAAAUGUUAUAUUCUUCUGGGACAACCAGACAAUGCACUGAAGGAUGCAGAGACGGCCCUCAACAUCGACAAGAGUUACCUCAAAGCCAUCUACCAGAAAGCUGAAGCACUUUAUUACCUUGGUGAUUUUGAACACAGCUUGAUGUAUUAUCACAGGGGCCUUCACAUUAGACCAGACCACGAAGAUUUCAAAUUGGGCGUACACAAAGCUCAGAAAGCUAUAGAGAAUGCGAUAGGGUCCCCAAAUGUGUUUUCAAAUCUUCUCAAUCCAAAGUUAACAUCGAAUCGUACAGAAAAAUCAAAAGGUAGUAAUAGUCCAGAGUCAACAGAAGUGACUGGAAAAACUGCAAGUCAGAGGGGUACUCCAGGGUCUAGAGGCAAGUCGGGACGUAAAAGUAGGUUGCUGAGGGAGUUGGGGCCUGAUAAAGAAUAUCUAGAUAAUUUAAUGAAAAAUCCUAACUUGAAGUGUAAAUUCAAAGAAGACGACUCUAGUAUUAUGAAGACUAUUGAGGAAACUGUCAACUAUUUAAAUGCUAGGCAAGAAUUUUGGCGACAACAGUUACCGGCACAUUUAAAGUAGCUUUGAAGAAAUAUGUGUUCUAGUUUUAGAAGUUAGUAAGUAAGAUACAUUGAUAGUUAUUUUCGUUUAGGAUGAUAUUAAGAGCACGUAUUAAAAAAGUUGGAUUUCUUAAGCAAAUAUUUUUAACAAUUGUUAGAUAAUAUAAGUAGCUGCAAGUAGAUAAGUGGUAUGUAAUAUUUAAAUAAUCCAAAUCCUGAUA